UUGUUUUUACUUUUUUUUGAAAAAAAUAAAUAGCAUGAAAGCUUAAUAAAUGUUGAGUUUGACUUGGCAAGAAAAUUUCACUCGGACUGGAACAGAAUGUCACUUUCCAAAAUGCGGCUUCAGUUGGGCCUCAUUUUGAUGCGUGCAGUCGCGUAAAACUGACGGUAGCCAAUCACAAAGUAAACAGCGGGGUGGAAGAAUGAGAAAGUGGAGUGUCUGAUACACUUAUUGUUGACAUGAAAAAUGAAGGCUUUAAAAGCUGUAAACUAUUAAAUAAAAAAUUUUCCGGAGGAUGGAGAAGGAGAGAAAGCUUGCCAAGAUCUGCCAUUUUACGUUUCUCAAUUCUAACAAACCAAAAACAAUGAGAGAUUGAAGAUCUGAAAGACUUCCUUUUUGUUUUUUUAUCCUUAGUUGAAGGCAAAAGGGAAAACAAUGGGGUGUACAUUUUCAGGGUUGAAUGCAUUAUACGAUGCCGUUAAUGGGGGAGGGGAUGUUUGGAUCAACGACAACAGGUUCAGGAUCGUGAGGCAGUUGGGUGAAGGUGGGUUAGCCUAUGUUUUCCUGGUGAAGGAAGUCAUGUCCGAUUCCUCUUCAGCUUCAGCUGGUGGAUUAGCCAAAAAAGUCAAGGACCCUUCUCAUCUCUCUGAUGAUGGAACUUAUGCAAUGAAGAAAGUUCUCAUUCAGAAUAAUGAGCAGUUGGAAUUGGUUCAGGAGGAGAUCCGUGCUUCAUCCUUGUUUAGUCACCCUAACUUGCUUCCGCUUCUUGAUCAUGCUAUCAUUUCUGUUAAGCCUACACAAGAAGGAUCAUGGAAUCAUGAAGCAUAUUUGCUAUUUCCUGUUCAUUUGGAUGGAACAUUACUGGACAAUUCCAAAGCUAUGAAAGCUAAAAGGGAAUUCUUUUCUACCUCAGAUGUUCUUCAAAUACUUCGGCAGCUGUGUGCCGGACUCAAACAUAUGCACAGUCUUGAGCCUCCAUAUGCACAUAAUGAUGUCAAGCCUGGUAAUGUUCUUUUAACCCAUAGAAAAGGGCAGCCGCCUCUUGCUAUAUUGAUGGAUUUUGGGAGUGUUCGUCCUGCAAGGAAGGAAAUUCGCUCUCGUUCUGAGGCACUACAACUUCAGGAAUGGGCAUCUGAGCACUGCUUAGCACCUUUCCGAGCUCCUGAGUUGUGGGAUUGCCCUAGCCAUGCAGAUAUUGAUGAGAGAACUGAUAUUUGGUCAUUGGGGUGCACUUUAUAUGCAAUAAUGUAUGGGGUAUCCCCGUUCGAGUAUGCACUUGGAGAAUCUGGAGGAAGCCUGCAAUUGGCCAUUGUAAAUGCACAGAUAAAGUGGCCAGUUGGACCUAAACCUCCCUAUCCAGAAGCUCUACACCAAUUUGUGACUUGGAUGCUUCAACCUCAGGCUGCUGUUCGCCCUCGCAUAGAUGAUAUCAUAAUUCACGUUGACAAGUUGAUCUCAAAGUUUUCAAAGUGAUAUAAUAUGGGGGUUGUGAAGGAAAGGGCACUCAAUCAGUUAUGCACAAGUUGGCCAUUCACAUUUUAGCAGCUUGCACCGUGAACUCGCAUGUCUUUUAAGUACUUCAGAAGUAAAAGUAUCUGUGAUAGUAACAGUAGUUCCUUAUUAAAUGUUACAUAGAUAAUCCUUUUUGGAGUAGUGAUAGUUUUGCAUUUUUUCGUUUGUCAUAACUAUUUAACUUCAUGAUCUGUAAUUUUGUUCAAGUCCAGAUCUCCCUCUGCAUUCAAGAUUCUUUUUUUUUUUUUAUAGAAAAAACCCAAUAAUUUGUUUUAUGUAUCUCAGUUUCUUUUAUUUCAGACCUAUUUAAAGUCAAUAAAGCAUGCCGGUUUCAAGAUUUUCUUAAAGUUAUUUUCUUCUGCAAAAUGUUUCAAGUAUUGGCAAAUGGAAAUCUUUGAACAGAGUCCAUACUAGAUUGCGACUGGAAUGGAGCCAACAUUUCAGGCUCCAUUGGUAAUGCUGUCAUUUUCCUCAAAUAUCCCCCUAAAUCGAACAUUCUUGUUGGAAGUACAAUAGUUGUAAGAUUUUGAUUGGUUGUUUGGAGUAGGCACAAUCAUACUAAGAUUUCCAAGUUAUGAGAAACUGAAUCUGGUCCAGUCACUUUAUUGCCAGGUCAUGAUUGCAGGGUUUUCAUGCCCACUGGUGAAGUCAGUGUCAGAACAAAGCAGAUGAAACUGCUUCAACUUGAUUAAUACCAGCAAAAGGGCUUUCAUUAUAGACUAAUUGUAUUUUGCUUCAACAAAAACAGCAUUGAUCUUCUUUGUGUCCUAUUUUUCAGCUUAUUAAGCAACAGAAUGAGCUUGGCAGUUGUCAUGGUGUUUUUUGUUUUUCCAUUACUAAAUUUAAUGCAAUUCUAUCGGAAUAGAAUUGUAGGUGGGAACAAAGGUGUGAGCCCCCAGAAUCAACUCUGUAAGCUGGCUAACUCCAACCCUACCUAAAACAACAUCCAACCACAACCACAAGAUCAUCGGACCAUUUCUUUGAACAGCUGAAAACCAUCACGCUUUUCACUUUUUGGAUUCUCUCGGUCUCACCUCUCUUUCUUUCUUUCUUUCUCACU